UCUGCAUCGCGUUCAGACCACAGUCUCAGAACAGCAGUGAAACUGCAGGAAGCGCGGUGGGAGAGCGACGAGGUCUGAGAGCGUGUGUGUAUGGCGUGCGGAAAGCGAGGUGGCACGACAAGCUUCGCUGGCGGGACGUGCGGGCGAUGAAGCCGGACGCGACCCACAACAGGGCCGAUGGCGGUGGCGGCGGCGAGCGGCGCGCGACGCGCCGGCCGCAAAGGGCCCGCCGGCUGACGCGCCGAGCAGUCGUGAAGAUGCUGUCGGUGAUGGAGCAGGCAGGUGACCCGGUGCAGGAGUUCCUGACGUCCGGGCGCACUGGGCGGCGUAACGCGCUGCCAGACAUUCUGGGCGAGCAUGCGGCCACCACCACUGCAGACCUUUCACACUGCUUGCAGAAGCUCACGACGGCUGAUCUUGAUGGGAGACACCCCUCAACUUCUGGAGUCACCUGCCAGGGGGCAGUUGCGAGUACGAGUACUGCUGCGAAUGGGAGUGGGGCUGCUUCAGAUGGAGCCUCAUCAGGAGUAUCAAACAUGGAGACUGACAUUAGCCAAUCUGGCAGCAAUGUGCACAGUUAAUGUGGCAGUUAAUGUGGCAGUUUAUGAACAGUUGGUGUGACCCUGCUGUGAAAAUUUUAAUUUAAUUUUUGUAUACACCGUUGUAUCAAGUCUGUUAAUUUUGUGAUAAAAUACUUGUCAAAAGCUGCUACAUGUAAAAUCAGCUUCACUAGGUUGACAUUAAGCACAUAUUGAACAAUUAAGCUUAAUUAUUUGUAUGAGACUGUGAGUGUGGUGGCAGCAUCUGUGGCAUAUUCCUUUCAGUACCACUUCAAUACAAUGUUAGAGUUAGAAGUAAAUUUAGUUUCCUCCGUUGUUUGUGGAACAGCGCCAUAACUUCAUUUGAAAAUAAGUAAGUAUGUGAUGUUUUUAAUAUUUUACCAACUUACAAACCAGGUAAAAGUGUUAUUUGUGAUGCAAAAAAGAUAUUGCUUGUGUUGAAAAUAAGUAAUUUUGUUACUGGACAAGUAAAUUUUUAAAAAAUUGUCAUAAUGUGCAGGUAUUUUUUUAAUCUUUGUCAGGCUGAAGCAGGUGCAGAUGAGAAAUUCAAACUAAAUAAUCUUAUGUUAAGAAUUGUGACAUUUUAAAAUUUGUUGACAGCAUAAUUAGAGAUUCUUAAUAAACAAAAUAAACAUGUAUACUCCACUGUGUAACA